AUGAAAUGCCUCAGUUGGAACUGUCGUGGGCUUGGGAACCCGCGAACAGUUCGAAAUCUUCAGCUUUUGCUGAAGGAACAAGCGCCUGAUAUGGUCUUUCUUAUGGAGACAAAGUGUGUGUCGAGAAAGAUAGAGUGGUUUCGCUGUAAACUUGGUUUGGCUAGGGGUUUGUUUGUCGAUAGGAUGGGAUUGUCUGGGGGGCUAGCAUUGUUCUGGAGAAUGGGAGUGUCGGUGUCUAUUCGUAACUACUCCAGUGGGCAUGUCGAUGCUGUUGUGGAGUCGGACGGGGGGAUUGGAAACUGGCGUUUUACGGGGUUCUAUGGUCAUCCGGAAGUCGUGAAAAAAUGGGAUUCGUGGGAGUUACUUCGUCGCUUGGGCGGCUUAGAUGAUCUACCUUGGUUGGUGGUGGAAGAUUUCAACGAGAUUUUGUUACCUUCAGAGAAGUUGGGUUUGGGAGACCGAAGCAGAGCCCAGAUUGACGCCUUCCAACAUGCUCUUUCGGAUUGUUCGUUAGCUGAUUUGGGAUUUUUCGGGCCCUAUUUUACGUGGUGCAAUAAUCGGCCAUCUGGGUUGGUACAUGAACGAUUAGAUCGUGGAGUGGCUAAUGAUGCUUGGCUCGCCAUUUUUCCGAAGGCUAGGGUGGUUCAUCUCACUUGUACGACGUCGGACCACAUGCCAAUUCUGGUUGACUUGUUGGGGCCGCAAUUAUUGUGGUCUAAGUUGAAUGAGGUGCGGCGCUUGGAGGGUCUGUCCGUGCUCUCUCGGGACGAGUAUGGAAAGCGCAUGCAGCUAUGUAGUGAGAUUGAUGAACUCUUGGAGAGAGAGGAGACUUUGUGGUGCCAAAGAGCGAGAGCGAAUUGGCUGAAAGAAGGUGAUCGGAAUACUUCUUUCUUCCACUCCAAAGCAUUGCAAAGGCAUAAGAAGAAGAGGAUUGAUGGGCUUCAAGAUGAUCAUGAUAGAUGGUGGUCUACACUGGAAGAUUUGGAGCGAAUUGUCGUGGGGUAUUUUGCGGAGCUGUUUGAUGCAGGGCAACAGUGUGAUAUUGGGGAAGUUUUGGCUUCCAUUCACGUUGUCGUUCCACCCGAGAGGAAUGUCGAGUUAGCUCGACCAUAUACCGCAGAGGAGGUGUCAUACGCUUUAUUUCAGAUGCAUCCUACGAAAGCCCCGGGCCCGGAUGGCAAACCAACGUUAUUCUAUCAACGGUUUUGGCCGAUAGUCGGGGCACAAGUCACACGGGCGGUGUUAGGCGUUCUUAAUGAAGGCAAGGCGGUGACGGCUAUGAAUGACACAUUUAUUGUGUUAAUUCCAAAAGUGAAGUCACCCAAACGGAUGUCUCAAUUUAGGCCAAUAAGCCUUUGUAAUGUGGUCUACAAGCUAGUAAGCAAGGUGUUAGCCAAUCGAAUGAGGAAAAUAUUACCCGAUAUUAUUUCGAUGAACCAAAGUGCUUUUGUGGCGGGGCGGCUCAUUAGUGAUAAUAUGCUUGCCUCAUUUGAGAUAUUUCAUUUUUUGAAGAAUAAAAGGCAUGGAAAAGAGGGACAUUUUGCCCUAAAGCUCGAUAUGAGCAAAGCAUACGAUCGGGUUGAAUGGAGUUUCUUACGAGGGGUCAUGGAGAGGAUGGGUUUCAAUCAACUUUUUGUGGAUACAAUAGUACAUUGUAUCUCCUCUGUGUCAUAUUCGGUCCUUGUGAAUGGGAGUCCGAUAAAGAAAUUUGUUCCUACAAGGGGGCUGCGACAAGGGGACCCGCUUUCUCCGUAUUUGUUUGUGUUGUGCGCAGAAGGUCUUUCUGCUUUAAUUAAAAGAGCUGAAGGAGAGGGUAAGCUUACGGGGGUGGCUGUGUGUCGAGGUAGUCCACGGGUGUCUCAUCUUUUAUUUGCAGAUGAUAGCUUGUUGUUUGGAGCUGCGAACAUGCAAGAACUAGUGGUGGUUCAAGAUAUUUUAGGAAAAUAUGAGUUAGUUUCAGGCCAGAAAAUUAAUCUUGAGAAAUCGGCUAUCUGUUUUAGUAAGAAUGUGGGGAUAGAUAUUCAAGCGGGGUUACGGAAUGCGAUGGGGGUUGGUAAUUUGGUGGACUCUGGAAAAUAUCUCGGGUUGCCUUAUAUUGUGGGCCGCUCUAAACGAGGCAUAUUUAAUUCUGUUAAAGAUAGAGUUUGGACUCGGUUGAAUGGGUGGAAGGAAAUAUUUCUAUCCGUGGCUGGUAGGGAGAUAUUGCUUAAAUCAGUGGCACAAGCUAUCCCAACGUAUAUUAUGUCCUGCUUCCAGUUGCCUGAUGGAAUUUGUGAGGAUAUUGAUUCUAUGUUACAGGGUGUUUUGGUUAGCAACCUCAUCGAUGAGGAUAGGCAUUGUUGGGACGUCAAUGUAUUGCAAGAGAAUCUUUUGGAGAUGGACGUGGAGGCAAUCCGGCAAAUCCCUCUUUGCUGUUAUGGCAUUCCUGAUAAGUUGGUUUGGCACUAUACGAGGAAUGGGCUGUUUUCGGUUCGCCCGGCAUAUCAUUUGCAAAUGAAUAUUAGUGGUCGGGAGGUGCGCAGGUCUGGGUCUGAUGUGCAGAAUGUGAGUUGGUUUUGGAAGCAAGUAUGGAGCCUUCGCAUUCCCAAUAAGAUUAAGGUCUUUGCGUGGAAGUGUUGUUCCAAUAUUCUACCGGUUAAAUCAGUUCUUCGGCAGCGGCAUAUAUUGCAGGAGGAUAAGUGUGAUGGAUGUGGGGAUGCAGCAGAAACGGUAAUGCACAUUUUAUGGGAAUGUAUGAGGGCACGGGAGGUCUGGAUUCAAAGUCCGAUACCGUUUGUGCUUGAUCAUGGUGUUGGUGGCGAUUUUAUGGGAUGGGCAUAUGGUGUUGGACGUCGGACGGAUAGUGUCACACUGGGUUUGUUUUUUGCUUUUUGUUGGGGGUUGUGGUCAUCGCGGAAUCAAGCUCUUUUUAGUAAUGCCAUUCACUCGGCUGCUGCGACAAUUCAGAUGGUGUGUGAUUUAAUGCGAGAUUUUGAGCGGGUUCAUUGGGGAGAUUCUUAA